GAGAUUACCUUUUUAAAAAUAGACUUACUUCAUCAACCGUCCGGCUUCCUCAGCAUGCGGACUCAGUAGCGUGAACUGCAACAAACAAACAGUGUUCAUUUGAUGAAUCGAGGCGUAUGUGUUGUGUAAAUGUUGAUAAGCUAAGCGGAACAACUUAAAGUGUUUGACUGGAACGGAUUAUUCAUACCGUUUGCUUGAGGCGUGCCAAAUGCCUGCGGAAAAUUGGAUCCGACCGGAACAGCCUGCGAUUCCUACCGUUUGGCAUCGGUUUCAGGCGAAAGAUUUGAGCGGCGGCGAUCAGCUGGUUACGUAUCGGGUAGAAGAUUUGACCGAGGACCGGUACGAGGAUGCCAUUCAACAUUACUUGAACCAUUUCAUCAAAGAUGAGCCUCUCUGUCGGCAGCGUAAAAUGGCUCAAGAUACGGUAUCUUACGGUGAGAUACAAGGCUUUUGGAGAUGGUGCUUCUCCCGGCGGAUGACCAUUGUUUGUUACCGGGAAGGAUCCAACGAAAUUGUCGGAGCAAACCUGCUGGAUGUUGUAACCCCGGUCAAAAGUCCAACUGAGCUCAAAAGUCAACACAUACGGGACAUCGUUGGCCUGAUGGAUUACGUUGGGGAGCAGUGUAACGUUUUCGAAAAGUACGGCGUAGAUCGAUACAUGACCGCGUAUGGAUUGGCCAUCGAUAGCCGAUAUCGGGGGCGAGGAAUCGCUACCGAAAUGCUGAAGGCCCGGGUCCCCAUGUGCAAAGCGUUAGGAAUUUCACUGACUUCGACCAACUUUACCGCGAUUGGAUCACAACUAGCGGCUGCCAAAGCUGGCUUCCAAUUGGACUAUGAAAAGACAUAUGACGAUUUUGCAAAACUAGGACCUUCGUAUGAUUUUCGAGGUAUCGAAUCGAAAAGUCUGCAGCUGAUGAGCUUAAAAAUUGUGUAGAUUAGUUAUAAUAAAAAGUACUAGUCAUUCUUCCGAUGGAGUGGU